AUGGGCGCAGCCUAUGCGACCGGUGAGAAACCUGAUCACGACUUGCGAAUAUGGAUGGAUGGAUGUUAUGAUAUGGUGCAUUAUGGUCAUGCCAAUGCGUGUCGUCAAGCAAAACAAAUGGGCAAUUAUUUAAUUGUUGGUGUUCAUUCAGAUGAGGAAAUCACUAAACAUAAAGGCCCACCAGUGUUCACUGAACAAGAACGAUAUAAAAUGGUUCGAGCAAUAAAAUGGGUAGAUCAAGUUGUCGAAAAUGCUCCCUAUGUAACAACACUUGAAACAUUAGAAGAAUAUAAUUGCGCAUUUUGUGUACACGGAGAUGAUAUAACUGUAACUGCUGAUGGUAUUGAUACAUAUCAUAUUGUGAAAGCAGCUGGUCGAUAUCGUGAAUGUAAACGAACGCAAGGCAUAUCAACCACGGAUCUUGUCGGAAGAAUGUUACUGGUCACAAAAUCUCAUCAUGAACCAGAUGAUAUAUCGAUCGACCGAGAAAAUACACGUCGAAUGAGCUUAUGCAAAGAAAGUGUCAAUCCAUGGACAGGUGCUUCACAAUUUCUUCCAACCACUAAUAAAAUUAUCCAAUUUUCAAAUGGUCGAGAGCCAAAACCUGGUGAUCGAGUAAUCUAUACCGCUGGUGCAUAUGAUUUAUUCCAUGUUGGUCAUGUUGAUUUUCUUGAAAAAGCCAAAACAUUUGGUGAUUAUCUUAUUGUUGGUAUACAUUCCGAUCGAAUUGUUAAUCAAUAUAAAGGAAGUAACCAUCCAAUAAUGAAUAUUCACGAACGUGUGUUAAGUUUGUUGGCUUGUCGAUAUGUCGAUGAAGUUGUUAUUAGCGCACCGUACGCUAUUACACUGGAAUUAAUGAAUCAUUUUAAGGUAUCAGUUGUGAUUCACGGACGAACACCCUAUGAUCCUGACGUAGACGGACGUGACCCCUAUGAAGUUCCGAAGGGUCUUGAAAAAUUUCAACAGAUCGAUACUGGAAAUCCGAUGUCAACACAAGAUAUUAUAACUCGUAUCAUUAACAAUCGAUUAGCUUAUGAAACACGUAAUCAACGAAAACAAGCCAACGAAGCAGCUGCUUAUGCAGCAUUCGAAAAACUAAAGGCCGAAGGUCUACAAGAAUCGCCGGCUAUCGAUACAGACUAG